GCGUCCUGCGCCAGUCUUGUUUUUACGCUUUGCAGGCGUAUUUUUACAAAUUACGGUUAAGGACAUGGAGGGUUUUUAUCAAUUCCCAGUUUUCUUUGAAUGUAGCAGCUUGCUUGGAAGUAAAAAUGGAGCAGUACUUUCGUGUUCGCCGGCGGUCUGGCGGAGGAGACUGUGGAGCUCUGAGAGAAGUGAAGCCCAACAUUUACUGCAUCGCUUUUAAAGACCAAAAAGAUCAGCAAAGGGUCCUACAGAAGUUUGAACACGUGCUGGAGUUUGCAGACGGUUCUCUGGUCUUCAUGGUCCGAGAAAGCCUGGAUCCCCCCAACACUUCUACCCCAGUCCACUCACCUGCUGCUCGGAACCACAUUCCUGUCUCAGGUGCUCACCCUAGUGGUGCAGAAUCUGAACUGCAGCUUGAUGCUUCCAUCCUUCCAUAUGCGCUCAAGUCUCUGCAGACAUCUUUCGAGGAGAAACAAGAGACGGGAGACGGCGUGUCAACAACGAUGAGGAUUGUCCUUCUGGGAAAAACUGGAUCUGGGAAAAGCAGCCUGGGUAGCACCAUAUUCGGAGAGGAUGCGUUUGAGCCGAACCAUUCUCCCAAUGCUGGAACAUCAGAAUGCCAAGCGAAAACCAAAAUCAUCAGCGGGAGGAAAGUCACUUUGGUCGAUACGCCUGGGUUCUUUGACCCGGACAGAUCUGAGGACCAGCUGAAGCCCGAGAUCGUGAGGUGUAUGGUGGAGUGUGCUUCUGGGGUGAACGCUUUUCUCAUUGUGCUCAAAGUGGAGAAAUUCACCGAGCAGGAGAACGCGGUCGUCACCGAAAUAUGCAAGUGUUUUUCUGAAGAUGCUCUAAAAUAUGCAGUGGUCGUCUUUACGCACGGCCAACAGCUCCCCAAAGGUACGAAGAUCGAAGACUUCGUCAAACAGAAUAAGAAUCUGAGUGAUCUUGUGGAGAGGUGCGGGGGGCGGUGCCACGUGGUCGAUAAUAAAUACUGGAACAACAUCCAGCAGGGUAACUACCAGAGCAACCGGGUGCAGGUGUCGGCGCUGCUCGACUGUGUGGACCAGAUGAUGAAGGAAAACCAGGGGAGCUGCUACACCAACGAGAUGCUCCGGUCAGUCCAGAAAGAAAUACACCAAGAGGUGCAGCGCAUCACACCACUGUUUCCAAACAUGUCCCAGGAGGAGAUCCAGCAGCAAGCUACAUCCAUAGUGUCGCAGAAGACCUUGAACAAACUGGUCGGUACGGCGGUCGGAGUGCUGCUGGGAAUUUUUUUCGGCUUGGAAGCGGCGUUAAAAUUUUACGGUUCCUCAAAGCAGAAGAUUUCAACAGUUUCCAAAGCUCUGAAAUUAAACGGAGACAUGGAGAUCGCAGGAGCAGUGGUGCUGGGAGUCUCCUGUGCUUUAGGCGGAGGAGUAGUAGGAGGCGUUGUUGGGCACGAGGCGGUGGAAGAUGCGGAGACGAUGGCAGAGGCAGCAGAGAAGACGGCUAAAGCCGUCUGGGAAACAAGGAAAAGUUUUAAUAAUGGGAGGAGUAUUUUUAACUGAAAUAGAAAAGAGGUGGAGUAAAGAACAAAUAAAUCUGUAAGUCGCCAGGAUUCUGUCAGUGGUUAAAGAUUAAGUGCACGUUGGAUUGGUGUAAUUAUGUUGUCAUUAAUAUUUAUAUGUAUCACAGAGAAUCACACGGAAGCUCUGACUCAACUGUGUUAGCAUAAAAGAAAAUAAAUCAGCAAAAGGAAAUCACGUCAGGCCAGGGAGGUUCGUCAAAGUUACCAAAAUGACAGCAAUUAUAAUUAAACCCAACCGAUACAGGUUUUUGAUCAGAGAUUUCUGAUCCCAAUAUAUCUGCCAAAUAUGUAGAUGUAAAAUGAUCCCUAACGUUUUGUUGUCAAACCCUAAUGACAAAAAAAGUAAUGGAGAUUUGGCAACUUGCAUUUCAAACAUGUAUAAGCAACAACUAGCCAGCGUCCAUCACGCUGACUUCACUCGGGAUUGGCUUUUGCUCCCAUACCAAAAACAAACAAACAAAAAAAAACUUUUUCUUGAAUUGUGCAAAAAUGUCUUAUCAGUGUUUCAUACAAAAUUGGUGCGUCAUGAUUUUCAUAAAAUUUUAAGCUGACACAAAUUCACAUGAUGUUUUUCUUCCUAUACCUGAGUGGAUUCAUGAUAAAAAAAAGUGUAGUGCGUGCAGUCAUUGCAAAUUUACAAAUAUCAAAAAUUGUCGAAAAAUAAAAAGUUGGAGUUGCAGCUGUAAGUUGUUUCAACGUGCCGCGCACAGUAAACAUAGCUUCACGGUGGAUAAUCCAGGAUUCUGAUAUCAACAAUUUCCCUAAUGCUCUCUCACCACAUUGUUUAACCUUUUCCAACCAAUAGGUGGCGCAUUAUAUUAUCAGUUAUUUUGAAACUUGUUAACUCUAAUUACUGAAAUCUUACAGAGUGCUUCUGCUCUGUUUAGUUUCAACAUGAUUUUUAAAUGAUUUUUCUUUUCUUUUUUUAUUUACAAUCCUACACUGCAUAUUUCUGGUGUAUUUUAUGUUAAAUUCUUGCUGUAAUGUUAAAGAGCUGCUAAUUAAAAUGAACUUGAAUUCUGGCUGGUUAUGACUUGAACUGUAUUUCCUCAAAUUAACAUGAAAAUAUUGAGGAACCACAAAUUAAAUUUGGGGCAGAGGGGCCAAGGUGGAGAAAAGUAAUGAUUAAAUAAAGACGUACUGUAUAAAUACUCAACUACGUACCGAGAAAGAUGCAGUUUUUACUACUGUAGCAACUAUUACACUAUGUAACAAAUUUUUAUUUUUGUUUUGUUCCUGGGUACACAGUGUGUUUUCCUAACCUGUUAUGCCUUAAAAUAAAUAGAAAAUAGCUGUUAUUCCACAGAAACUUUGCUUC